AAAGGAAAGUUCUGGAAAAAAAAAUGGCCCUAAACCGGAAGAGGAAACUAGACUCAAGAAAAGAGGGAGAUUCCUUGAGCAAAAAACAAGGAGACACCGGAGGAGAAGCAUCCAAAAAAGUGGAACUCAAACCUGCAACUCCUAAGACUCCACAUCCUAAGCUGAGUAGGAAUUUGUCGGAGUCGGCAUCAUCCGAUGAGCGGCUAAGGAGCAUGAGCGGCAGUGUCUCAGAAGAUUCCAGUGAAACUAAAAAGCUGUUAGACAAAGGCCAGACUCACUCUUUUAUCCUGGAGUUGGAGCAAGGCUCCCUGGGGGCUUUGAAACAACGAUCAGUUGGAAAAUUUGAUCGACUGUCCCGCAAAGAAUCUCACUCAAAAGAACGCAAAGAGAAGGAGCGCAGUUUGUCAGAUGAACGUGUGAAAGUCAAACAAAAACAGGAAAAGAAAUCUGAACAUCAGGCAGAAGAAUCUCAACAAAAGGUGAGUGCGAAAGUGUCGUCUGAGGAGAAAAGUGACAAGAAGCUUAAAAUGAAAAGUGAAAAGAAAACAGGAAACACAAAGGAAGCAAAGGUGUCUGAAGGUGGAGUGGAUGAGGUUCCUAAAGAUCCAAGGAAGGUAAAACCUCCGACUACUGAAGCUGUGAAAGCAGAGAAAGAUAAGGAGAAACAGAAGGACAAAAUCAGGGAGAAGGACAAAGAGAAAGACAAGAGCAAAGAGAGAGACAAGGCUAAAGGAGAGAAAAGUGCAGGUAAAAGUGAUCUUAAGCAGCUGCUCUGUCCUGAAUCUGCUGGUUCCUCUGAAGAUCGAUCUGACAUGGAGCCUGUGGCAGAUAGCAGUAAAAAGAAGGACAAACAUUCCAAAGAUGUUCUAAAACGGUCAAAGAGUCACACAGAGGGAGAAAAGCCAAAAAGCACAGAGUGUGAGAAGGAGAAGAUCAAACCAGACCAGGAAAUCCAAAGGUCUGGCAAAUCUGGCUCUGAGUCGGACAAAGAUUCAAAAAGAGUAAAAUCAGCAGAGAAAGUCAAAACGGUUGAAAAGCCAAAAGUUAAAGUGGAAUCAAAGACUCCAUUAAAAACUGACAAGAAAAUCCAGAGUUCUGAAGCCAAAUGUGCAGCAGCUCCACCUGCUGUGAAACACGACACGACAAAGAACAAGAAAAAAGAAGGGGGUGCAAAAGAGCAGAGGAAGACAUCUGAAGAACCUUCUCAAGAAAAAUCAGGAAUCAAGAGUGCCAAGAAAAAACUGGAGAAGAAGGAAAAAGCGGCUGAGAAAAGAGAUGACGGCCAAGAGAACAGAGCACAGAGAGAAGACAUCGUGGAAAAGUCUGACAAUCCUCCAAAGUCCUCCAUGUCUUCAGCCACUCUGGAAGUUGUGGAGCUGCCCAAAAAACAAUCUCUCCUCCAAGACACAGGCACGGACUCUGAGCCUGUAACCACCACCGUUACCACCUCCCUGUCUGAUGACACGUGUGACGCUUUGAGCGACAUCACUCCCGAGCCUCCUGAAGGAGAAACCGAAUCCAGGCUGGCUGAUCUGCCGUCUGUUCCGGUUGAAGCCGACGCUCUGCUGACUCUCAUGGACGUCUGCACCUCGGCGGAGGCGAGACUCCUACCACAGAUCAUCGGGGAGGAGCUGAGAGCCGAGAUGGCGCUGCAGGAGGCCGACAUGAAGAUGAAGGAGGCGGCGCUGACUUUGCUCUCCAUGGACCCAGACAGCAGUGUGUCCUCGAGGUUGAUCAGCCAGAACUUAAGGGAAGAAGCUGAGGUGAGUCUAAUCAACUCAGAACCAAUGGACACAUCUGAGGCUGAAAAGGAGGAGCUGCUUCCUCAUCCUGAAAGUCAGGAGAAAGAGCAACCACCUCCUCCUGAAACUGUGGAUUCAGAACUGACUCCUACUGUUACUGUCAGUGUUACAGAGAAAGAUGAGCUCCCUCAUGAGACUGAAGCUCAGGACAAAGAACCUUCUCCUUUUUUUGAAAUUAUGGAGGAAGAGCAUACUCCUCAUUCUGAAGGUGAGAAGGUGCAAACUCCUCUCCCCAUGUCUACGAAGGAAGAGUCAGAGCCGCAUCCUCAAGAAGUUGGGAAAAAAGACUUUGUGCCGUGUCCUCAACCUCUGGAAGAAAGACCACCAUCCCCAGCGAUUGAGAUAAAAGAGCAACCUCCUCCACCAAAGAGUGAGGAGAAGGAGGAGCAGUCGUUUUCACUUGAGUCUGAGGAGAAAGAAAAACCUCUUGAAUCUGUGGAGAAAGAGCAUCAGCAUCCUUUAAUAAUUGAAAAUAUGGAGCAACAGCCUGAAGAAAAGGAACAGCCUCCUGCUCCUCUUACUGAGGAGGAGAAGCAGCUUCCUGCUCCUCUUACUGAGGAGGAGAAGCAGCUUCCUCCUCCUGAAACUGAGGAGGCGACACAGCCUUCUUGUACUGUAACUGAGGAGGAGCAUUGCUCUCCUUGUGAAGGCGAUAAAAAGGAACAGCUUUCUCCACCUGUAACUGAAGAAACUGAGCAGCCUCCUUCUUCUCCUUCUGAGUCUGAAGAAAAGGAGCAGCUUCCUCCUCUUUCUGAGACUGAAGAAAAGGAGCAACUUCCUCCUCCUUCUGAGACUGAAGAAAAGGAGCAACCUCGACCUUCUCCUUUAGAGUCUGAAGAAAAGGAGCAGCUUCCUCCUCUUUCUGAGACUGAAGAAAAGGAGCAACUUCCUCCUCCUUCUGAGACUGAAGAAAAGAAGCAGCUUCCUCCUCUUUCUGAGACUGAAGCAAAGGAGCAACUUCCUCCUCCUUCUGAGACUGAAGAAAAGGAGCAGCUUCCUCCUCCUUCUGAGACUAUAGAAAAGGAGCUGCUUUCUUCUCCUUUUGAGACUGUAGAAAAGGAGCUGCUUUCUUCUCCUUCAGAGACUGAGGAAAUGGAGCAGCCACCUCCUCCUUCUGUGACUACAGAAAAUGAGCAGCCACCUCCUCCUUCUGAGACUGAAGAAAAGGAGCAGCUUACUCCUUCUGAGACUGAGGAAAUGGGGCAGCCACCUUCUCCUUCUUCCUUCUGUCACUGA